AUGUCAACUCCGCAAUAUACUUUCGCUAUCAGAAACCUCUCGGAUUUCCAACGCGCACGUGCUAUAAAGACGUCAGGCUUACUACACGUUCGCCCUAGGGAGCUAAGUCUGACCUUUUUUCCGGAGGUACAUGACUACCUCGAAGCCCACUCACCUAGCACUGAUGCUGCUCUUGAUCCGUUCACGAGACAAGACCUCCAAUAUCUCCGUCAUCUCAUUGAGACCUUCAAGGCAUCCCGCAUCCCACGCACUGAACCGCUGCGCGUGAUCCCAGGUGAUGAGCCAGGCGUUUUCACGAACAAUUAUCCAAUCAACGAUUUUGAGGAGAUGUGUGCAAUUCGUUGUGCUUUUAGCCAACAAACACCUCCGGGAAGCCAAUUUGAUUUGUGGUUGGAACCUGGUUUUGAGGCAGAGUUGAGUUCCCGCGAACCUGCAAAUGAGAUUUUGGAUGAGAGCCGUAGUAAUAGUCAAUAA